UUAGCGCCGAGUCCGCGCUACUGGCAGCGCUCUGGGAGCUCCACGUUGCGGCCGCUCCGAGCAAUGAUUAACCUGUCGGGGCGGCCGGCGCGGGGCCCGGGGCGGAGGCGUGGGGCCGGGGCGGGACCCUGGAGGGCCGCUCGGCUUCCUGCUUUUGCCCAAGUCUCCUCGUAGAGGGCGCCGCAACGGCCGGGGCCCGCGGCGCGGCGUGGCGCAGGGCGAGGUGCCGGGCGCGCGUGGGCGCGGAGUCUGUUGCCGGGGUCACCAUGAGGACUCUCCGCAGGUUGAAGUUCAUGAGUUCGCCCAGCCUCAGUGACCUGGGCAAGAGAGAGCCGGCCGCCGCCGCCGCGGACGAGCGGGGCACGCAGCAGCGCCGGGCCUGCGCCAACGCCACCUGGAACAGCAUCCACAACGGGGUGAUUGCCGUCUUCCAGCGCAAGGGGCUGCCCGACCAGGAGCUUUUCAGCCUCAACGAGGGCGUCCGGCAGCUGCUGAAGACGGAGCUGGGGUCCUUCUUCACGGAGUACCUACAGAACCAGCUGUUGACAAAAGGCAUGGUGAUCCUGCGGGACAAGAUCCGCUUCUACGAAGGACAGAAGCUGCUGGACUCGCUGGCAGAGACCUGGGAUUUCUUCUUCAGCGACGUGCUGCCCACGCUGCAGGCCGUCUUCUACCCGGUGCAGGGCAAGGAGCCGUCGGUGCGCCAGCUGGCUCUGCUGCACUUCCGGAACAUCAUCACCCUCAGUGUGAAGCUGGAGGACGCGCUGGCCCGGGCCCGCGCCCGCGUGCCCCCCGCCGUCGUGCAGAUGCUGUUGGUGCUGCAGGGGGUGCACGAGUCCCGGGGAGUGACCAAGGACUACCUGCGCCUGGAGACGCUGAUCCAGAAGGUGGUGUCGCCCUACCUGGGCACCUACGGCCUCUACUCCAGCGAGGGUGCCUUCACACACUCCUGCAUCCUGGAGAAGCACUUCCUGCGCCGCUCCCGAUCGGGGGACAUCCUGGCCAAGAACCCGGUGGUGCGGUCCAAGAGCUACAACACGCCACUGCUGAACCCUGUGGCGGAGCACGAGGCCGAGGGUGCGGUGGCCGGCGGCACGGGCAUCCGCAGGCACUCGGUCUCCGAGAUGACGUCCUGCCCCGAGCCCCAGGGCUUUGCUGACACACCCGGCCAGGACCCUGCUGGGACCUUCAGACCCUCCCCAGCGCCCCCGUCGGGGCCUUGCCCCAGCAGACUGUACCCCCCAGCGCAGCCCCCUGAGCCUGGCCCAGGCCCGGCCCGCAGCUCACCAGCCUCCUCCAGCCCCGAGAACCUGGUGGACCAGAUCCUGGAGUCGGUCGACUCGGAUUCGGAAGGGAUCUUCAUUGACUUUGGGCGGGGCGGCGGCUGUGGCACGUCUGAGUCUGAGGGGGCAGGGGGCCGGCAGAGUGUCGUGUGACCCAGGCCUUGUGUUUUUACUGACCCCGCGUGUACGCCUGUGCAGUGCGUGAGUGCGAGAGUUUUCUACUCUGUCCCGUCCAGUCCCCCGUCGGCCUCAGCCACUUUGGCAUUCCUGAGUCUUUGUCAAAAAGACCGUCGCCGCCCGAGACCCCGGCACCUUUGUUCUGGGGCGUCAGGGGCUCAGCAGGUGCAGGGCAGCCUCCUGUGCGUGGAGCAGACCUGGCCGUUCCCUGCACCCCAGCCUGCUCAGCCCUCCAGUGUCCACACCAUGCAGACUGUGAACCCCUCAGCUCGGCCAGGCCCCCAGAGAGACCCCCCAGGGUCAGUGGCAGAAUUGCCUCCCCGCCCCCCACUCGCCUCGGGCCACAGCGUGACCUCCUGUGUGCACCUCUGUCCCAGACCCUCCACGCAGCCCGUCCUCGCUCGGCCUGGCGUGGCCGUGGGUGGGAAGUGGGUGGAAUAAAACUUGUCUGCCCGGCUCUCGA